UCGCGUAGGUGGCGACACUCUAGUUUAAUUAUACGGCUGGGAAUUCGUGUAUAGGGUAAUUCAAUAAAUACUUUUAUAUAGUUUUACAUAGUUCAAUAGAUUCGUAAGUUAAUGGAGGUGACAAAAGAGUUUUUUGAAAAGCUAGAUGCUUUUGUUGAUCAAUUUGGAGAUCAAAGAACAAAUGAAUGGCCUAUGGUCCAAGGAAUCACAACACCAUUAGCAUGUGCCUUGGUGUACUUAUACCUUGUGUUAUAUUUAGGGCCGAAAUUUAUGGAAAAUAGAAAACCUUUUCACUUAUUACCAAUAAUUAAAGUUUAUAAUUUAGUUCAGUUAGUAGCAUGUAUCUUAAUUUUUUACAUGAUUUUAAUUUCUGGAUGGACAACUAAAUAUACUCUUGGAUGUGAACCUGUUGACUCAAAUGCACCACAUUCAAAUCGAGUAAGGAAAAACAUAAUACUUGUUCGAGUAUGGUUUAACGGUUAG